UCCAUUCAAUUUGAAAUCAGUUCCAAUUCAUAUCAAGUCUCUCAUAAAAAAUGGACUUCACCAUCUCAACCACACUCAUCUUCUUGAUACUAAUCCCCCUGUCUCUCUUCAUCUUCACCAGAUCCAAGACCACAUCCAAAAACAACUCACCAAAGCCCCCAAAAUCAUAUCCAAUCGUCGGUUCAUUCUUCACUAUAGUGAAGAACAAAGAUAGAUUCGUGCAAUGGUCAUCAGAGAUAGUCACAAACUCCCCCAACUUAACCUUCCCCAUCCACCGCAGCCUCGGCCGUUGGAUCAUCUUCACGGCCAACCCGGCCAACGUGCAGCAUCUUCUCAAGGACAACUUCCACAACUACGAGAAGGGGGACUUCUUCAAGGUCACCCUGAGAGACUUUCUCGGCGAUGGCAUAUUCAACUCCGAUGGCCAGACAUGGAAGUUUCAGAGGCAGGUUGCAAGUCAUGAGUUCAACACGAAGUCCCUGCGCAAGUUCGUCGCGAACGUGGUGGACUCAGAGCUCUCCGAGCGCCUCAUCCCCAUCUUGAGAAAGGCGGCGGCAGAGAAAAUGGUUAUUGAUUUCCAGGACAUUCUGCAGAGGUUUGCUUUCGACAACGUUUGCAAGAUCGCGUUCGGUUAUGAUCCCAGUUACCUGUCGCCGUCUCUGCCUAAAGAGAAGUUCGCAGUCGCUUUUGAAGCGGCCGUGAAGCUAUCAAGUGAGCGGUUCAGCACGUUCAUCCCAUUGAUGUGGCAAAUCAAGAAGGGGAUGAAUAUCGGAUCGGAGAAGCAGCUCAAGAAGGCUAUAGGCGAAGUACGAAACUUCGCUAAGGAAUUAAUCCGGGAGAAGAAGAGAGAGCUCGAGCACAAGUCGUCUCUGGAGUCAGUCGAUCUCCUUUCGAGAUUCUUGAGCUCAGGCCAUUCAGAUGAAGACUUCAUCACCGAUAUUGUGAUAAGCUUCAUUCUAGCAGGGCGAGACACGACUUCCGCAGCUCUCACGUGGUUUUUCUGGCUGCUUUCGGAUCAUAAAGAAGUGGAGGAUGAGAUUCUGACAGAGAUCAAUGGAGCAGCAUCAGAAGGCGCAUCGGCUUAUGAUGAGGUGAAGGACAUGGUGUACACUCACGCUUCGAUUUGCGAAAGCAUGAGGCUUUAUCCUCCGGUUCCUACGGAUAGUAAAGAAGCUAUGGGUGAUGAUGUUUUGCCUGAUGGAACUGUUGUGAAGAAGGGCAUGAGAGUGGCGUAUCAUCCGUAUGCUAUGGGGAGAGUUGAGAAGGUGUGGGGGAAAGACUGGGCGGAUUUCCGCCCGACGCGGUGGCUGGAGAGGGCGGAAGGUGGUGGUGAAAAGUGGAGUUUCGUAAACAGGGAUAACUAUACAUACCCAGUGUUUCAGGCUGGGCCGAGGAUUUGCCUUGGGAAAGAGAUGGCUUUCUUGCAGAUGAAGAGGGUGAUUGCUGGUGUGUUGCAGCAGUUUAGGGUGGUGGCGGCGGCGGAAACGGAGCCGGAAUUCGUGACAGACCUUACAGCUAAGAUGAAGGGUGGUUUUCCAGUGAGGAUUGAAGAGAGGAACUAGUCUUGGUUAUCCUAGAUUCCUAGUUAGUUAAUAUUUUGUGUUUCCUUUGAUAUGGACCUUUGUAAUUUACUACUAGUUCCUAAGGUUGAGACUUAAAACAGUGGCUUUCUUUAA